AUCCAACAUGGCGGACGAAAGUCACGGCGGAGUUUCUACCUAUAAAUUACGAAGUUUUACGGAAGCCGAUCAAGUUAAUUGCAUUUUAAACUCCAUCUCUAUUGACUGUGAAAGUUUACAAAAGACUGAACGUGCUCUGCAGGACCUAAGAGAAAUUUUGGAUAGAUACCAAGAACAACCGCAUUUAUUAGAUCCUCAUCUUGAUUCGUUCAUAAGCCAGUUACUCAUCGCUGCCCAGGAUUCAUCGAACACAAUAGCGUCUUCUCAAGCAUUCAAAUAUUUGUAUUUAUUUACAAAGGUACGUGGUCACAAAUAUAUUGUCCGACUAUUUCCUCAUGAAGUUAAAGAUGUCGAGUCAGUUCUAGCUUUAUUACAGAAACAAAAUCCAUCAGAUCACAGCACCUGGGAAGCCAGAUACAUAUUGUUGUUAUGGCUAUCCAUUGUAUGUAUGGUGCCAUUUGAUAUGACUAAAUUUGAUGGAGGUAAAUCUGCGGAUAAGGAUUGCAAAUCCAUCACUGAGAGAAUUAUAGAUGUUGCAAAGGUGUAUCUUAAUGUUGCUGAUAAAUGUCAAGAUGCAGCUGCACUAGUGAUAGCAAAAUUUGUAACAAGACCUGAUGUAAAGAUACAUUACCUUCCCGAGUUUUUGUCAUGGUGCCUUAAAGAUCUACCACUAAUUGAUGGAACCUCCCAAAAUGGCAUUAAUUUAAUGACAGGAAUUUUAAGCACAUUGGCUUUGGUCUUCAAGCAUGGAAGAAGAGAAGACUUGAAGCUUCAUGCGAGAAGUGUUCACGAGGUCAUCAAUUCUUGUGAUAUUCUCAAUAUGAAGAACAGUUUAUUGAGAAAGCUUUACAUCAAGUUAAUUCAACGUCUUGGUCUGACAUUUCUCAAGCCACGACUUGCUUCAUGGAGGUACAAGAGGGGAACAAGAUCAUUGAUCCACAAUCUUGUCAAAUCUGAUCAGUUUGGGACGGUUAUAACGGAAAAACAAAGUUUUCCCACGAAGGACGAUGAGUACGAACAAACAAUUGAUGUUCUUGAAGAUAUCGAGGAAAUUAUUGGGACUUUGCUAGCUGGUUUGAAGGAAAUAGAUACAAUUGUGAGAUGGUCUGCGGCUAAAGGUGUUGGAAGAAUAACAGGAAGACUUCCUAAGGAUCUCGCUGAUGAUGUGACUACUGCCGUUCUUGAAUUAUUCAGUCCUCUGGAAUCACACUGCGCUUGGCAUGGAGGAUGUUUAGCCUUAGCUGAACUCGGUCGAAGAGGUUUGCUACUGCCUCGUCGUCUUUCGGAAGUUAUUCCCGUCGUCACUAAAGCGUUGUUGUACGAUGAGAAAAUAGGAGCAAUAAGUGUUGGAUCAAAUGUAAGAGAUUCAGCAUGUUACGUAUGUUGGUCGUUUGCUCGAGCUUAUGAUCCAAGUGAAAUCAAACCGUAUGUUGAAGAUAUUGCCAGAGCUCUGAUGAUAGCUACAUUAUUUGAUCGCGAUAUAAACUGUCGGCGAGCGGCUUCGGCUGCUUUUCAAGAAAAUGUUGGACGACAGGGAACUCUUCCUCACGGUAUAGAUAUAUUGACAAAAACAGAUUACUAUGAAGUUGGUAAAAGAAAAAAUGCGUAUCUCAAUUUAAGUGUUUAUGUCUCUCAAUAUAAAGAAUAUCGCGAAUCAUUAAUUGACCAUUUGUACAAAAUCAAACUGGGCCACUGGGAUAUCGCCAUAAGAGAACUUGUUUCUAAAGCUUUAUUUAAUCUUACUCCUCAAGAUCCACUUGUAAUGACUCGUAAAGUUCUGCCAUCAAUCCUACAACAAAUCCUCGAUUUUGAUAUCCACGUGAGACACGGGAGUAUUUUGUGUGCUGCCGAGCUCACGCAUGCUCUGUACGGCUAUGCUUUAAACAGCAACAGGACCUUAAUGGAUAUAUUGGGUCAUGAUUGUCAUUAUGAAUUGGAGAGUAUGAUUUCAAAGCUUACAGACUCGAACUUCUUUAGAGGACAUGGCGGUGAAUUAUUGAGACCAGCUGCGUGUCUUUUUAUCCAAAAAAUGUCUUUGUCGAAAUUUAAAUGCACGAAUCCACAAACUGUUGGUAUUUGGCGAAACACGAUUGAUGAAAACAUCAACGGUUCACAAAGAACAACUCAAGAGAAAGCAGUUGCCGCUCUUCGACAUUUUACGGAAAAUUUUUAUCAACUACCAGAUGGUACAGCCGAUGAAAAUGCACAAGAAUCGUUGAUCAGCACGUAUGUGGAGAAAUUAAAACAUUCAUCAGGAACGACAAGGGAAGGAUUCUCUUUGGCGCUAGGAGUACUACCAAGAUUUAUGUUGAAAGGCUGUCUUUUAAAGGUGCUUGAUGCUUUACUACAAGUUAGUGAAAUAGUUGAAAAAGAUCCUGGAAAAUUUGCUCAAUCUAGAGCGGACGCUCUUCAUUCGCUCGCAAGUAUUUUACAGACAGUUGGUAUAGCAAAAAAUGGAGAUGCAAAUCAUGUUAUUAAUGAAACCACGUUGGCAAGAUUUUAUGAAUGUUGUUUUAAUUCGAUGAAAGACUACACAAUUGAUAGCAGGGACGUUGGUUCAUGGUGUCGUAAAGCUGCAAUGACAUGUCUUCUUAAACUCACUUUACUUGUUGUACAAACAAAUCCGGAACUUUUAACAAAAGAAACAUGCGCUCGAAUGAUGUGUUACCUGCUGAAACAAUGUUGCGAGAAGAUCGACGACACGCGGGCUCAUGCUGGUCACGUGAUGUUGACGCUGAUUCACAAUGAAACACCGAAAAUUCCUCAUAUCAGUGAACACAUGUUGUUAUGUGAUAUAUUUCCAAGGGAAGACUGCGAAAAUCUUAACUGGAGUGCUGCUGGCGAAGUUUUCCAGAAGAUUUCCAAACUUUUGGAUAUCCCCUGUUAUCAAUACUUCAUCCUCAGUGGGAUCAUAUUGAGUGCUGGUGGUCUGAGCGAGUCCUUGAUACGUCAAGGAAGGCAGUCUUUGGAAAGCUUUCUAGAAAGUGAUGCAAGACUCGUAAUAUUUGCAGAGAAUAUUUUAAAACUGUUCAAGGAAUACGAAAAGAACGAUAGAGUCAUUAUUCCUUUAUUCAAAGUACUCGAUCAUCUUCUUUCCAUUGGAAGUCUCGCUUUCUUAUCGCAAACGGAAAGUAAUCACAUCCCCGAAAAAUUUUUUGAAUUGACUCAAAGUGAGAUUACGAAGAUUUCUGAUGCCAGAAAGAUCAUUAUUAGCAUAAAUGUCUUCAGUGGUCUACUACAGUUUCCUGGUAAUGCACGACAGCGAGCUUUGAAACGUCUUCUUAUUUUUCUAUGUCACAAAUAUCCAAGGGUACGCAAAACUGCUGCCGACUCUCUGUACAUGGCUUUAAUAACAUAUGAUGACAUCAUUGAUGACGAUAAACAAGAUGAAGUAUUUCAAAUACUUAGUGAAGCCCAAUGGGAGGACGAUGAUAUCAAUGAUAUACGAGCACAAAGAAAUAGUUUAUGUCAUCUUCUUGAUGUUCCUGUUCCCGUUAUGAAGUUCACAUCAAAAGGAAAAGCCAAGAAAGAUUCGUCCGCCAACAAUGAUCCUCUCUCCAGUUAUAAAGAUCUAGUCAGCAGAGUUGAUUAUUAACAACGUCGCGUUUUCAUGUUUUUUCCCGACACUUUUGUAAAAGAUUUGGCCUGUCUGCAUAACCAAACCAAAAAAUGCUAGUUCCCGGGACUUCAUCCACUAACCGGUUUCCAAUCUUCCGAGCAAUCUCGCCACAUCGGCUCAGUGAUACCGAAGGUAUUAAUGGAUAAAUGGGUAUAAGGUCAACAGAUCCUAACCUCGGGUGCUCUCCUUCAUGAAGUUUCAAGUUGAUGUGAUUAUAUGCUUCCUUGCAAGCAUUUAUGACAGAAUUUUGGAUUUGGUCCAAUGUUGCAACUAUUGUCAACACAGAUCUAUUGUAGUCAUUGUCCGAGAAGAUGUUUAAUACCGUAGAUUGACAUUUGAACUCUCCCACGUAUGGUGAUUUAUUGCCUAUACCAGCAGCCUUUGCAACUUUUUCAAUUACAUGGUGUUGGCGACCCUCGGAUAUGUUAAGCAAACACACAGCAAGCUGUGACAUCAUUUGGAAAAAAUGACAACUGACCUCUUUUAAAUUCGUUGAAUUUAUAUAAAUUAAUGAUUUACUACAGAUGAAGACUAUAAGACUUUGAGUACACCAUUGCCUGAGAAGGAUGUUCAUGAAAGACUGGGACGAGGAAGGAUUUUGACAAUGUGAAACGUCGGUACUAAAUAGUCAGCGGUCGUACAUCUACAUUUGUUAUAAUUUAGCGUUCAUUUUUGUUUUAAAAAGCAAUUUUCUUCAAACCUCUUUCGACAUUGAGGAUGAUUAUUUUGCCAAUUCAUUAACAUGUGUGAUGCUAUUGCGGUUCAAUGAUGACUUCAAUUCGCUUGAAGCUAAUGUUUGAGCGUCUGUCUGUGAACACAGCUCAACAAUGUUGGAUGUUAGUGGACUUGAACACGUGUAAAUAUGUACGAGAUCUUGAAUAUGUUAUUGUGAAGAAAUUCUUUGAUUGCAAA